AUGGCAACAGAUGAAGGAAGUUCAAGAAAAAGACAUAGACUUUUUCAAGAAAACAAUGAAGAAUUUGAAAAAGGUUUAAAAGAUAACAGAUUUCAUAAAGUAGCUCUUACCUCUCUUGAGCUUUGGCAAAAUCUUGGACAUACUCAAUCCAAAGGUGAAGAAUUAGUUGCACAAUUACAAUAA